CCCCGCCAUUUUUUUCAAUAGAACGCCGACAAAAUUAUAAUACUAUGGCGGGAGGCAAAAAGAAAAAGAAGCCAGCAUCAAACCCUGCCCGUGGCUUUGCUACGACCUCGGUGGCAUCGAAGGUGAGAAUUGAAGUUGCUGAAACCACACCUUCAGACGAAAGCCCAGACAAUGAAUCAGAGCAACGGAAGGAUGAGACAACGACGGAAAGCUUGCCAAAGUCCACAACAACCGGAAAUACAGAUACGCAGCUAACCCCCGAGCAAUUCGAGAAACAACUCGAAGAAUCGGAACUUCAAGUGCUGGUCGAAAAGUACUCGCAAAAAGCUAAACGGGAUGCUGCCCGCCAGGUAACCAGGCUCCAGACAGAUCGGCGCCUACUACGAGGCCAAGCCGACUUUUUGAAUACACGAAAAUGGCUCCCUCCAGAUUUAAUGGACGAGAUAUUGGAUAUAGUUACAGCGGAUCAUCGAGCCUUGGGCCCGAGCACAACAGACUCCCCUGCAACGUUGAAGCCGCUCACAGAGGAGGAUCUAACCAUAAAAUUAUGGACCCUACAGCAAGCUCUGGCCGGUGCAGGCUUCCCAGACGACAGAGUCCGCAUGGCUCUCACAUACAUUCUAAGCAUAUCCGAUAAGAUGGUCAGCGGAAAUAAAGAUUCAAUCUGGGGUCUUGAGGAAUCUUUGCAGUGGAUGGCACGUGAAUGCUCCCGAGAUGAGUUGCCGGACUAUGAGAAUUGGCAAACAAAAUCCCUGUUGCAGCUAAAGUUACAAAUGGACUCUCAAGCCGGCACACCUACGGUGUCAGGAAUGACCACACCACGGCAGAUAAAAGCAGAUAUACGCCACGUAGACUCGAAAGACAGCAUUGCAGAGCAACCCGUUACAAAAGUGGCCGCGCGACCCGCAAAGGCCGCAGUUGUCGAGUACGAGAGCGAUAUAGAUGCGGACGAACUACUCCCAGAAUAUCUAGAAGCAAAGACGAAACUAUUCCAUCUACAACCCCCGAAAAACUCGGCACGGGGUGCAGCCCAGCGUGGAGCAGGGGCCAGCAAUGGCAAGAGAAACAAGGGUACCCAAGCGCCCCAAGACCCAGAGAUGGCAAAGCUACAUAGGAAACUUGUGAAAAUUGAAUCCGACGUUCUUUUUGAUCAAUACGAGGCUGAACAGGAGUGGCAAAAGCGGAAGAUUACCCUCGAGAAAGAAGCUGCGGCGAAAAGGCAGGAAUUGUCUGGUGGCCCUCCCCCGAGGAUCCCACACCCUGCUGAGUCUAGUGAUGAUGACUCUGAUGAUGAGAUUAUGCGCGCAGCUGCAAAAAUGGGAGCAGACCUACUCGAAGAUGAUUCAAGCGAUGACGAUGGUGCCAUUGCCGACCUGUUUGCAAAUCUUCCCGUUACUGAAGUUGACCCAGUCACCGGGAAGAGCACUGUGGUUAUCAACGAUACCAAUGGCGGCAAGAUCACCCUCAGAGAUUUUGGAAAGUCGAUAGGCAUAAGUCCUAGAAGGGUAUUAGAAGAAGCUUGCCGUUCUAGAGAUUCUUCCGUGAAGAUAGUUUACACGCUUGUCUCUAAAACUAGCUAUUCCAACCGCCAUUCCGUCAGGGUAAAUUGGUCCAAGGCUCAAGAAGUCCCGUCACCAACUUCGGAUUUUCCCGAGAUUGAUUGCAUAUGUUCACCAAAAUCAAUCACAAUUACAAUGACCAGCAUCUCCACUCCUGAUGCGGCCCAAUCAGAAUCUUACGCCGCAACCGUAGCGCUGUUUCUCAUAUUCAGCACUUCAGUGAGAGAAGAAAAAGUGUUCCUGCGGCUCCCUCCGGUAUGGCGUGAGCUAUGGACGGAGUUUGCUGUUGCAAGGAAAGAAAAGGCAGAUGCGCUCGAUAGAGAAGCCAUUCGCGGCUUUCGGGAUACUAUCAGGCAGAAGAGGGAUCGGGAAGAGGAAGAUGGUGUCGUGCUGACGACUAGCUUUAGACGCCGUGCCUUAUUAACUCCCAAUGAUACCAGCGAUGAGUCUGGGACGGAGACACCAGGUAGCUCUAGUGUCUCCCCCGAGACUCUCAAGAAGAUAUGGCAUGACAAGAGCAACACGCCCUCAUACCAGACAAUGCGGCAGUCUCGCAUGCAGUUGCCUAUGUGGGGCUACAAGGAGGAAGUUCUUCGUACAAUUGAUCGGGAGCAAGUAGUCAUUAUUUGUGGAGAAACGGGUUGUGGUAAGAGCACCCAGGUGCCGGCUUUUAUUCUAGAACACCAGCUAUCACAAGGAAAGCCGUGCAAGCUGUAUUGCACAGAACCACGCAGAAUUUCUGCAAUUUCUCUUGCGAAGCGCGUGAGCGAGGAGCUUGGGGAACGUAAAGGGGAUGUCGGGACGCCCAGGUCAUUAAUCGGAUAUGCAAUCCGUCUUGAAACCAACACAUCUCGAGAGACUCGCGUUGUAUACGCCACCACUGGAAUUGUUAUGCGCAUGUUGGAAAGUUCCAACGAUCUCAAAGAAAUCACACACAUAGUUUUGGAUGAGGUGCACGAGAGAACUAUUGACAGCGACUUUUUGCUAAUAAUCCUCCGGAAGCUGAUGGCUCGGAGACCAGACCUCAAGGUUGUCCUGAUGUCUGCUACUGUCGAUGCCGAGAGGUUUUCAAAGUAUCUGGACGGCGCCCCGGUACUGCAAGUCCCCGGAAGGACCUUCCCAGUUACUUCAUGCUACCUCGAGGAUGCCGUGGAGCUUACCGGUUAUUCUUUGGAUAAUGGCUCACAAAAUAAGAGAUAUACCGACUUGGACGACGAUGCCGAAUUGGAGGAUGCACCAACAAGCGAAAAGACGAAGGCAGAUAAUACGAAGCUGCUGCGUGGUUAUAGCGCCAAGACCCGGAACACUAUCCUCCAAAUGGAUGAGUACCGGAUUGAUUUUGAGUUGGUGGCACAACUCAUAGCCAAGAUCGCUACCGAUGAGCGGUAUGUUCCCUUCAGCAAGGCUAUUUUGGUAUUCCUACCAGGUAUUGGGGAAAUUCGCCAGUUGAAUGACAUACUUCUUGGGCUGCCCACUUUCCGAACGGACUGGUAUGUAUACCCGCUGCAUUCAUCCAUCGCGAGUGAAGACCAAGAAGCGGCGUUUUUGGUGCCUCCUCCUGGAACUCGGAAGAUAGUGCUAGCCACGAACAUUGCCGAAACAGGUAUCACAAUCCCGGACGUUACCUGCGUAAUAGACACCGGAAAGCACCGAGAGAUGAGGUUCGAUGAGCGGCGACAACUCUCGAGACUGCUGGAGACGUUUAUUUCACGAGCCAACGCGAAGCAGCGACGAGGAAGAGCUGGACGUGUACAGGAAGGACUAUGCUUCCACCUGUUUACGAAGUACAGGCACGAUGAGCUCAUGUCUGAUCAGCAAACUCCAGAGCUACUACGGCUGUCGCUCCAAGACUUGGCUAUACGAGUCAAGACCUGCAAGCUGGGAGGCAUCGAGGAGACGCUGGGUCAGGCCCUUGAUCCCCCGUCGGCAAAGAAUAUCCGAAGAGCUGUCGACGCACUCAUUGAUGUUAGAGCACUCACCGCUGCCGAAGGGCUCACACCUCUGGGAAUACAGCUGUCGCGUCUACCUCUCGAUGUAUUCCUGGGCAAGUUAAUCCUGCUAGGAAGUAUAUUCAAGUGCCUUGAUGCAACAAUCACCGUCGCAGCAAUCCUAUCUUCCAAGUCGCCAUUCCAGGCUCCAUUCGGCGCACGCCAACAAGCAGACACAGUCAGGCUCGCCUUCCGCCGUGGUGACAGCGACCUGCUGACAAACUACAACGCAUACCUAGCCUGGAAGCGCGUGUGCAACACGACCGGAUCCGAGUACCAGUUCUGCCGCAAGAACUUCCUGAGCCCCCAAACCCUAUCCAACAUCGAAGAUCUUAAGGGCCAACUGACAGUCUCCCUCGUCGACUCUGGGUUCCUGCCCCUGACGGAACGCGAACGCGCGCAUAUCAAGCGAAACAGAUACUCGAGCCGACGCCACGAUUUCUUCGAGCUCCCGCAGCGCGCCAAUGUAAACAGCGAGAACGACCUGAUUACCCAAUCCGUCAUCGCCUGGGCGCUGUACCCGAAGCUACUCGUUCGCGAUGGCAAGGGCUUCCGCAACGUCGCCAACAACCAAUCCAUAUCCCUGCAUCCCACAUCCGUCAACAAAGGCCAUCAUGAGAUCAACUGGCUCUCCUAUUACCACAUCAUGCAAGCCAAGCAAUUCUACAACGCGCACGAAACCACCGCCGUAACCGACUUCGCCAUCGCCCUCCUCUGUGGCGACGUACGCUGCGACUUCUACGCCGGCGUUCUAAUCCUCGAUGGCAACCGCGCGCGCUUCGCCGUCUCGGACUGGAAGACCAUGGUUGUGCUCCGGACGCUACGCAUGCGCCUGCGCGAGAUCAUGACGCGCAGCUUCAAAAAUCCAGGGAAGCCCAUGCCUGAGGGUCUGGCGAGAUGGUUGGAGAUUUGGCAGAGAAUCUUUUCCCAGGAGAAUUUGCUGCUUGCGAAGGGGUUGGUGAGGACGUAGGGAGUGGGUUUGAUGGAGAUAUCUAAGAGGGGUAGAGAUCGUAUAGAGGAGGGGCUUGAAGGGCAACGGGAGUGUGGCAUGUGGUGGGCAUCAUAGUGAGCAUACUGGGAUGGGAUGGGAAAGUGAGCAUACUGGGCAUAUCAAGCUCCGGCUUCAAGGCGUUGUUGCUGCUUGCAAGGAAAUGGAAUGAAAUCAAUCGCAUACAGAUAAAGAUCAAAUGAACAUAAACGUUCGUAUCAUGAAUCUCGGUCUCAAAUCCCAUUCGUGCCAUCUCCACUGCCUACUCUCGCCCAGCUUCCUCCACGACCUCUAUCCGUCACGAGGGAAUAUCUCAUCGUGAAGCACGACACCCCAUCAGACUGCAAGAAAGUGGACAUGCAGCCCAUCCCCCAAAUCCUUCAGCGGACCGAACCAACAAAUCACCUCACCCACCACCAACAGCG